GCUGGAGACACAGGUGUGGGUGCACGCGCGUCUCUCUCUCAACGUCCCGGCGAUCUCGCUCGAAGCCUCCUGGUCUUAGGGAUGCGCGGAGCUGGCUGGCUAUGGUGAUAUCGGUGUGGUGUGGGCGACAGUCACGGUGGUGAGACAGGCCGUGUCGGCGGUGCUGAGGCUCGGGGGAGAGAAGGAAAGGAAAAUAACCGGAGGCUGGGAGAGAGAGAGAAAUAGAGGCCGCCGUCACGAUGAAACUGCGACUCCUGAGGCACUUGGUGAUCCAGACGUGCUUCGCUGUAGCUCUUGUAGUGGCCGGUUGUGUGGCCAAUCCAGACGCCAAGAGGCUGUACGAUGACCUCCUCAGCAACUACAAUCGCCUCAUCAGACCAGUGGGCAACAACUCAGAGAAACUCAUCGUCAAGCUGGGGCUCAAGCUCUCCCAACUCAUCGAUGUGAACUUGAAGAACCAGAUCAUGACGUCCAACGUGUGGGUUGAGCAGGAGUGGCAUGAUUACAAGCUGAGAUGGGACCCCGGCGACUAUGGAGGCGUGGAGAUGCUGUACGUGCCCUCGGAACACAUCUGGCUGCCUGAUAUUGUCCUCUACAACAAUGCGGAUGGUAACUACGAGGUGACGCUGAUGACGAAGGCGACGCUGAAGUACACCGGGGAGGUGGUGUGGAGGCCCCCAGCUAUCUACAAGUCGUCUUGUGAGAUCGACGUCGAGUGGUUUCCCUUCGACGAGCAGUCAUGCAACAUGAAGUUCGGUUCUUGGACCUACGAUGGCUUCCAGGUGGACCUGAAACACAGCAAGCAGAUCAAGGGCAGCAACAUUGUGCAGAUCGGCAUCGAUCUCAGGGAGUUCUACAUGUCUGUGGAAUGGGAUAUUCUGGAGGUCCCCGCCCGGAGGAAUCAGGAGUAUUUUCCAGGGCUUCCCGAGCCCUACCCAGACAUCACCUUCAACCUGACGAUGCGGCGGAAGACCCUCUUCUACACGGUGAACCUGAUCAUCCCUUGCGUUGGUAUCUCCUUCCUGACGGUCCUGGUGUUCUACCUGCCCUCGGACUCCGGCGAGAAGGUGACUCUGUGUAUCUCCAUCCUGCUCUCCCUCACCGUGUUCUUCCUCCUGCUUGCCGAGAUCAUUCCGCCGACGUCCCUGGCGGUGCCGCUGCUGGGGAAGUACUUGCUCUUCACCAUGAUCCUGGUGACGCUCUCCAUCUGCGUCACCGUCGGAGUUCUCAACGUCCACUUCAGGUCACCCUCUACUCACAAGAUGUCCCCCUGGGUGAGGAGAGUGUUCAUCAACGUGAUGCCUCGCCUGCUGUUGAUGAGACGACCCCAGUACGACCCCAGGGACCGGCACGACAAGCUCUCCGACCAGGAGUACUUCGACCCUCUCAGCGAGGGAGAGAUCUGUGACCCGUAUAGCGAAGCAGCCUUCGUGGAGUACAGUGGAGACCAGGGCAGCGUGGGAGGCCCCGGCUACAAGUACAAUGAUGACUUCCUCUCCUCCCACGGUGGUGGCAAGUGUAGUGAAUCAUGUGACCUGGGCGGCUGCCACCUCCACAGCCAGAGGACCUACUCGCCAGAGAUCCAGAAAGCCAUUGAGGGCGUCCAGUUCAUCGCUCAGCACAUCAAGGACGCGGACCGCGAUAACGAGGUCAUACAGGAUUGGAAAUACGUGGCGAUGGUACUCGAUCGUCUGUUCCUGUGGGUGUUCACGAUCGCCUGUGUCGUAGGAACUUGUGGGAUCAUCUUCCAGGCGCCCUCGCUCUACGAUACCCGCGACGCUAUCGACGAAAUCUACUCCGAGAUCGGGACAGCCACAGUCUUUGACUGAAGUCACACGCAAUCGCCACACACGCGCGCGUGUGUGUGUGUGUUCUGGAGGAGUGUUGCGGCUCUUGCGUUCGUUAUUCAUCUUAAACAAUGGUUGAGUGGCGCCUGAAUGACCUUUAACGUGAUGGAUAGCUGGGGCUGUAAUUGUGAAGCAUAAAUUUAAUAUUAAAUUAAUGUAUAUUCUGCCGGAACGGUUCUAAACAUCAUGUUUAGUAAGUGUGUGUGUAUGUGUGUGUGUGCGUGUGUAUGUGUGUGUGUGUGUAUGCGCGUGUAUCCGCGUGCGUUUGAUGGUAAUCUGCCAACCAGCAUAAACCACUGGAUCUGGGCCUCAGUUACUAAGCAUUUUUAUUUAAGGACAAAGAGCUUGAACACACGACAAAACACUUUCUUUGAUCAAACAUCCUGUGAGUGCUCCCUCGUGCUCCUGGGGUCGUGGCGGCAACGUUCCUGGGUCGUGGCGGCAACGUUCGGUAACGUUCCCAGAUGUGAACAUGUUAUACAAUACUUGUUAAGUUCUUCGUUGGUUGUUAAUUUGUGCUCAAGAGGUGUUCAAGACUAGCCUGAAGAACCCCAAACUCCCACUUACACACUGAAGCGUUGUGACAUCAGUAUGUAUACUCACAAUCAGGAUAUCAGUAUGUAUACACAAAAUCAGGAUAUCGGUAUGUAUACACACAAUCAGGAUAUCAGUAUGUACGCGCUCAAUCAGGAUAUCAGUAUGUAUACACACAAUCAGGAUAUCAGUAUGUAUACACACAAUCAGGAUAUCAGUAUGUAUACACACAGUCAGGAUAUCAGUAUGUAUACAAUUCAAUCAGGACAUCAGUAUUACACUUAGGACAUCAAUGUGUAUACACUCAGGACAUCAGUAUGUAUACAAUCAGGACCUCAGUAUGUACAAACUUAGGAUGUCAGUAUGUAUACACUGAGAACGUCAGCAGGUGACCUCUAAUGAUAUCAGUAAGUGACGAAUAAAGAUAUCAGUGAUGUCAAUAUGUGACCAGUAAGCAUGUCAGUAGAUAACUACUAAUGACGUCAAUAGGCAUCAGCUAAUUACGUCAGAAAGUAAACAAAGUGUGGAGAUGGUGCGCCUGCGCAGAGAAACUUUCCCCCGUUUUCCAUGUUGUUAUCCAUAACUGUAAGUUUAAGGUAGGACUGUACUAGAAGUUUUAUAUGCCUAUAAUUGUACAUACAAACAAAAACUUAUCAAGAAGGAGAAAUCGAGUUUCUCAAAACAUGUGUGAAAUAUCAACUCCUUCUUCAUGGAGAGCGAGAGUCAAUGGUCCUCUUUUUCAAGCCAUUAUAGAGUCAGGUAUUGUAAAUAUCUGCCAGGAGGUUGCAAACACCUGCCAGGAGGUUGUAAACACCUGCCAGGAGGUUGAAAACACCUGCCAGGAGGUUGAAAACACCUGCCAGGAGGUUGUAAACACCUGCCAGGAGGUUGUAAAUAUCUACCAGGAGGUUGUAAACACCUGCCAGGAGGUUGAAAACACCUGCCAGGAGGUUGAAAACACCUGCCAGGAGGUUGUAAAUAUCUGCCAGGAGGUUGAAAACACCUGCCAGGAGGUUGCAAACACCUGCCAGGAGGUUGUAAACACCUGCCAGGAGGUUGAAAACACCUGCCAGGAGGUUGUAAACACCUGCCAGGAGGUUGAAAACACCUGCCAGGAGGUUGCAAAUUAUGAUCAUUCAAUAUUUUAUCAUCUUCUCAGUUACAAAACUUCAGUGUUACAGAAUCGAUAUAUAUAUGGAAUUUGUACCAAGUUUUUUACAGCUAUUUGCCUGAUAAUCUUAGCUCAUAGUUAUCUUGGGAAUCACACAUCUAUGUACACACACGGCUCCCCCCCCCAUCCCAUUAACCCCCCCCCCUACCUACAUAUUUUCCUUAUGGUCAAUGUAUUGAUGGCAGUUAGACGUCAAUGAGGUGGUUCUGGUAGGCCUUCCUGAUUGGAGGAAAGAGUGUUGGUCUCAUAUUAUAUAUAUAUCACUAAGAACUCUUUGACCCGGCCAGGAUUCGAACUC